GAAGCGGCGGCCGGACGGAAAGGGAGCGCCGGAUCCUUCCGAGAACGAGCCUGACGGGAAGAGGCCCGGCCUGGCCUGGCGACCGACGCGCCAGUCGCUCGCGAAGCUGCGGCGGCAGUGUGCCAUUGUCUCCCGGAGGGCUGCUGCUGCCAUGAGGGCCGCCAGCCUGCGCUGCACCAGCACCGCCAGAGCAAAAUGUUGAAGCAGGUGCUGCUGCCUUUGGCAGUGGCCGUGGCGUGUGCCUUGAGCCUGAGCCUGGCCUGCAAUGAAGCCAUAUGUGCAUCCAUAGUGAGCAAGUGCAUGUUGACACAAUCGUGCAAGUGUGACAAACUCAACGUCACCUGCAACAGAGACUGUUUCUACUGCCUUGACUAUCUUUACACUGAAUGCUGCUCUUGUGUAGAGAUGUGCCCGCGACAAAAUGAAACCAUCUCUCUAAGUCAUAAGUCCAACAUCGAGGAUCUGCCAGACCCGACGCAUGGGUUAUUUGCCCUCCUUACAGAGGAAGCUGACCGUUCCUUGAGAUGGCGGUCUUACACAUUUCCUGUACAUGCAGCAUUGUACAGCCCUGUGCAUGACAAAGAUAUCAAGCUGAAAGCUGUGGUGUCAAAUGGGAAUACAUCAGAAGUAGUUGAAGAGGAGGAUGUACAGGUGAACUGCACUGUGGCAUUCAUGUCACAGUGCAUGUCACUGAACAAGUGCAGAGAGUCGUGCCUCUCCAUGGGAGCUUCAAGCUACAGGUGGUUCCACGAUGGUUGCUGCCAGUGUGUUGGAAGCAUGUGCAUCAAUUAUGGAAUUAAUGAAAGCAGGUGCCUCCAGUGUCCCUAUUCAAAGGAGCUGAUGGACUUUGAUGAUGAGCAAGAUGAAGAGGUACCUAUCGAGGACCCAGACAGGCACACCUACCAACAUGUUGACUACAGUGACAAUUCUUACAGUGCCAAGGAGAAGGCAAACAGAAACAAUGUGGUAGACACUUCUGCUGCCGACAACGCAAACUCUACGUGAGGACAGUGCCACCAUGCCAUCUGCACAUUGCUGGUGCAAUAUAACCGUGCCGGGAGUGCGUGCCAGUGGUGCCCGGGAUCCUGUAGUCAGUGUACAUAGACUGCCAAGUGUCUCUUUCAGGUUGCCAGCCUCUGCAAGCAAGCCUGCAGCAAUUUUGGGCCGCUCAACACUCAGACUGCAUCUCUACAAGGACAGUGCACGCGUAGUAGCCUAAUAUAUUGAACCUAGGGACCAAUUGUGUGUUGUACAGCAAACGCGUUCACUGAACACAGUGGAAUGCAUUCUCCGACAAACAGCAGCCCAACUGAGACGAAUGGACUGGAAAAAAAAAGCCAUCUUUAGUACUUUGGCAAAGUUCGUAAAGACUCAAAACCGAUCGUCUGUGCAAAGCUUUGAGCAUUGCCAGCUGGUGCAGUUUUCACAAGUCAACCGAUGCUUAUGGCUGUUCCCAUUGGCAUCGUUAGGCUUCGUCUGCAUGUUCCAAGUACAAUACUUUAAUGUGUGUAUGUAAGUGUGCAUGUGUGUGUGUGUGUGCAAGUGUAUGUGGAAGUGUGUGCAUGAAAUGUGUGUAUAUGUAAGAGUGUUUAGCUGUAAUGGCUGUUGUUGUGCUACAUCUCUGCUACCUGCAGGCAGGGGGGAACAAGGCUUUUAUAUGCUGUGACAUUGUUAUAUUUAUUUAGGAGAAAGACAGUCUGGACAGGCAGUGGUAGCAUAUACCUGCGAAACUUGCCACCCUGCUGCCAAAAACAACAACAAAAAAACAACAACAAAAGGGGCCUCAUUUGCAGACAUUACUGCAGAGCAGUGUGCUUGAGGGUCCUCUGCGACAGUCUUUGGGCAGAAUAAAUGUUCCAGUGACUCAUGACCAUUAAUCAUCUUUCACCGCCAUGCAGCAGAUUAGGUAGUCACACUCAGGGGGCAUCAAUCAGUACCAUACUUCUCACCUUUCUAACUUCAGACUGUUGUCUUACAGUAGGUUAAGUGCAGCAUGAAUGCCUCAUCAUUUGAAACUAUGCAACGCUGCAUCACUUUGUUUCACAUGUACAAAACACAGAUUCAUAAUUUGUGCUGAGUGUGCUUUGUAAGCAGUAUUUCGAAGAUGUUUUUUUUUCCCAAGGUCAUUGCAAAGCGCAUGAAAGAAACUGAAGCUCUGGUUGGUCAUGUAAAAGUAUGCUUGUUUCAUACCUCACAGUUCUUGUGUCAGCUUGUGAUGUUCUCCCGCAUGAGUCUUCACUGUCACGUGCCAUGAGCCCCAAACAAACACGUCUGAAUUUGCGUUUACAUCAUGCAUGCAUUCUUAAAGGGGUCAUGAAGCACCCCUUGGGCUUGUUGAAAAAACACACCCUGCGGAAAGCUGACACGGCUAUGAACUGCUCUGCAAAAUAUUACAGUCGUGCGCGCCGCGUAAAGGCCACAAGAGGAGCGCGAGGUUGCCGUUUCCUCAGGUGCCCUCUUUUCAAACAGAGGCCGGUUCUCACUUUCGUUGGUGGGCGGGGCGCCUGCACAUUGACGUCGCGGAUCUGCCAGUUUACGUCGCAAGAGACAUAGCUUGCUUAUUGGCCGAUAGCCGGAUGAGAUGUGCUUGCCACGGGGUGCCGCCACUUGCCCGCGCCGCACUCCUUAGUCUGCUAACUUUAUACGGUAGCCGCACUCGCGCAUAUCGAAUCACAGUGGGAGAGCGAUCGCGUUUCAUGACGCGCGCUGACGUAACUUCUUUCUCCCGUGCCAUCCCUCCCUGUCUAGCUUCCAGUGCGCUCGUCGGCACGAGAAAAGAGAGAAAGCGCUGAGAGCGUGCGCCAAACCCCCGUAACUCCGCUCCUUCUUGACGGAUUCGAGAAAUUUUUGUGGCAAUCGAUUCGGGAGGCAGUAAACUCCGAUACUGAGGUCAUUAGAUCAUUACUUGGAAAAGUGGUUCAUGACCCCUUUAAGGCAGCAGCCAGUAUUUCAGAAUGGCACUAAAAUUCAAUCUUUUCAGCAGCACUUGUGCUAGCCACUUUUUUUUUUUUGGGGGGGGGGGGGGGGCUUUACAUAUUUCAUGCUUUAAUUAGAUGCUGCGGUAUGUUAAAAAUUCAAACACAUCAAGUAAACAACUAUUGACAUCAUUAGUUUUAUUGGCUUCUGUUGUGGUACAAGCACACUAGUCUGAAAAGUUGCAGUACUGAUGGAGUUGCUUUCAUUCCAUCUUUGCAUUUUUUAUGUCAAAGCCCAGCAAAUCGUGCUUUUUGUGCAUUUUUUUCUGUUAUGCAAAACAGUUUUGUAAAUUUUGAUCUCCAUUAAAGAUAACCCUCAUGUUCCUUGAUAAUUUGUUUCACUAAUAUACUAGAAACAAAAAAGGAGACUGCACAUAUGUGCCAACGAAAUUGUUUUUACUCAGUGCAGCAACCAGUGUAGAUUUUGUUAUAUGAUGUGUAAUAAAAUUCUUGCAUAAUGAGCAAAA